AUGGCGCCCACAGUACACUCCGCCAAAUUGACACUCUCGUGUCCGCUCUUCGCUGCAGACUUCGACCCUCGCAAUAACGGUCGACUCCUAGUCGGCGGUGGAGGUGGCGAGGGGCGCAGCGGAUCACUGCUUGACACAUCCCGUCGUGGCGAGAUUACCGAGGCCGUUGAAUUGAACCUAUCGCGCGAUGAAGACUCAGUAACGUCGCUGGCUGCGGCCCCGCUAGUUGGCGACGAGGCGGGUUCGCUUGUUACCCUGGCCGGUAUAAAUAGCUCUGUCGAACAGCAGAAAAAGAACAACAAUCAACAUCUUCGCGCAUUCCGGUUUGAGGUGCCGCAGAAAACCACCGCUGUUGCUGGUUCGAAUACACAGAGCGCUGAAGGCAGUGGGAAAAAGGACACCAAGUCUGAGGAAGAGGUCAUUCCCGGAAAGGCUCUAGCUUUGUCGCAAGCAUCACUCUUCCGAACGAAGAAUGGGCCAGGCUCUUCGGAUACAUACCAGCGUGUGACGAGACUCUCGCCGUGGCCGAAAGGGAAGGAUGGCGAUGAGAAACACACACGGAUCGGCGCCGUUGCGACGGGUCUGGCACCAUCUGGUGAGAUUGUCUUCUUCCGCGCCACAAAGACGCCAAGCGAGAAGGAUGUCAUCGGCCGCAUUCAAUUAGGCGGCAACGAAGAGGCCGAGGACCUGGACUUUGUCAGCCUCGAGCAUGACUCGGAAAAGACCGACGAUGCACACGGCCGGUUCCUUGUGGCAUACACCAACGGCCCAGAUGUCAUGGUUGGCGAGAUUUCGUCCUCUAGCCGCCCCAACAGCUCCCCCGAUGUCCGCUCCGUUUAUACCAUUCCUCUGCCCGCCAGCGGAGCUCGCACAGCACGGCCCAAGUUCCGCGCGCUGCGAUUCCUCUCACCUAGAACCCUGCUCCUCCUGCUAAAUGUCCCAAACCGUGGGGGUAGCGAGCUCGUCCUUCUUCAACUUCCCAGUGCUAAAUCGAGCAAGGCCAAAAUCCUACGACGUCGCAAGCUCCCUCGAACAUUGAAGAUUGGGCUAGGACUCGAUAUCUGCCAACUCGGAACAAACCUGCAAGGCCAGCAGCAAACAGUCAUCGCAGUCAGCGGUAGCGACAACUCCAUCCCUCUAUUCACCCUAGAAUACGGACCAAACCGCGGUUACAGCAACUUCCGCCCCUACACAACCCUCCGCGACGUGCACCCCUUCUCAAUGACAAAACUCACCUUCUCAACCUUCAUCGCGCCCCAACACCCCAUAACCCCAGACGUCGGCCCACAGAAUAUCAAGCUCGCUUCAGUCAGUAUGGGCAACACAGUCGUCGUACACACAUUCCCACUAUCCCCCUUCCCAACCUCCUCCUGCACCCCACGCUACGUCCUGGUCACCCCAGGCCCCUCCGAGAUAUGGGAACUAGUCUACAGCAUCAUCAUCCUACUAUUCUCCAUAUCCGUAAUCUGCGUGGCCAUGCUCGCCUUCGCCGAGAUCCGCGGCGGAACCCCUCCAAUCCUCGGCGCCACAGAAUGGCUUCCAGAUAGCAUCCGCGGAGCCAUCGCACGGGAAUACGUCCUACCCCCGCGGGAUAAGCUAACGUAUUUCGAUACACUUCUUGCACCUCGCGGAAGCGGCAGUGAUACCGAUCUCCCAGUGGCAACUAUCGUCCCCACAGACUCGCAGGUGGAAUCCCUGCGCGAAAUCCUGGACCGCGUACACCGCGCCGGUGCCGCACCCGCAGAUCUCGAAACCGUCGCGCCGCAGUCCCUAUCUGUCAUUGUGCGGUGCAGUGCAGGACAAGAUGCCGAGCAGAGCGUGAUUAUUGAGACUGCUUUGUCUGCGUCUGCGGAUGAGUCCGAGCAGUCCGAGGAGAAGCUGCAAGCUUGGAUGGAUCUUUCUGUGCCUGAGCAGAGUAUUUGGAAACAGACACUUGUGGAUGCGGGGCGUUGGACGGCUUCUGAGGGGGAGGGUGUUCUUAUUGGGGUUUUGUUUGGUGAGGCUUGUGGGGGGUUGGGUAGAGCUGUGAGGGAGGAGUUGCCUUGA